AUGCUUGGAUUCAACGUGAUUGACAUCGUUGCACUUCUCCGCAUGUACAAACUCUAUGUGGAGUCUUUUGAGAUCAAAGAUGUGAAAACCCUUCGAGGCGAGCACUUGUCUCGUGCCAUUGGAAGAUUAUCUGGUAAAAGGGGUAAAACCAAGUUUGCAAUUGAGAACUCUACGAAGACUCGGAUUGUGAUUACAGACACCAAAAUACAUAUACUGGGGUCUUUUGCCAACAUCAAAAUUGCAAGAGAUUCUCUCGAUAGCCUUAUCAUUGGGUCCCCUGCUGGCAAGGGGGAGCUGAACAACGGGGAAAGUGGGCAUAGGAGGCGGUGGAGUCGGCCACAAAGAGAUGGAAUGCUUGGAGCAGAGAAAGUGAGAGAACAUAUGUUGACCUCACCGGAGUCUUCAGAGCUGCCUGAAGAUGUUGCUGAAUCUGCUAGUCUAGGGUUGAAAGAGGGGAAUCAUGGGAGUCUCGGCCUCUGGAGCUGCCUCAUGAUGCUGGUCUACGUGAGAGAGAGGGGAGAGCUCUGCCUAAUGACGUAA